UUUAAGACCUCUUUGCAGACCACAAAUAUCCCACGCGACAAAUAUACGUCCCAGACGUACAUCAUCUCCUUUUUCUUUGGACAGUUGAAAGCUAGAGAAAAAUCAGAUCCAAAUGGCAAACACAGCUCAACAUCUGGUGCUGAUGGUGUUCAUCUCCUUGGUGGUGUCCUUCACUGAAGCGAAGUGGGCUGAGUCCGUGGAGGCAACAAAGGAAGCGACGCCAUCGCAGACAGUAACCAACCUCCAGUUCUACUUCCACGACACAGUCAGUGGGAAGAACCCUAGUGCCGUACGUGUGGCUCAAGCUUCCGACACCGAAAAGUCUCCGACACUUUUCGGGGCUUUACUCAUGGCUGAUGACCCGCUCACCGAGACUCCCGACCCCAAUUCCAAGCUCGUAGGCCGGGCACAAGGGCUAUACGGGUCAUCCUGCCAGCAGGAACUUGGCCUGAUUAUGGCCAUGAGCUUUGCGUUCUCGGACGGUACGUACAAUGGUAGCUCCAUUAGUAUUUUUGGAAAGAACCCGAUCACGAACCCAAUUCGGGAGUUGCCCGUUGUGGGUGGAACUGGGGUUUUCCGGUUGGCUCGUGGCUAUGCAAUUGCCCAUACGCAUUGGGUAAAUGCCACAGCUGGCGAUGCAGUUGUUGGAUACAAUGUCACUGUAGUUCACUAGAGCUAGCUCUAUGAACUUUUCUUUUAGUUUUCCUUUCAUUUGUUGGGUCGAUUUAAACUGGGUUGCUUGUUGUGCUUUAAAUUUCUGUGAUGUUCCUUUUUACUUAUAUCAUCUCUUUUAUGAUCAUUCAGUGUCAAUAUAUGUCAUCUUGUGUGUAUUUUCCUAUCAUUUGUUGGGUCCGUUUAAACUGAGUUGCUUGUUUUGCUUUAAACUUCUAUGAUGUUCCUUUUUACUCAUCUCAUCUCUCCUAUGAUCAUUUAGUGUCAACAUAUGUCAUCUUCUGCUUAUCAAAAAAAAACAUAUAUCAUCUUCUGUGUAUUUUCCUUUCAUUUGUUGGGUCAAUUUAAACUGAGUAGCUUAUUUUGCUUUAAAUUUCUGUGAUGUUCCUUUUUACUUAUCUCAUCUUUCCUAUGAUCAUUUGGUGUCAACACAUGUCAUCUUGUGUGUAUUUUCCUUUCAUUUGUUGGGUCAAUUUAAACUAGUUGCUUGUUUUGUUUUAAAUUUCUGUCAUGUUCUUUUUUACUUAUUUCGUCUCUCUUAUGAUCACUCAGUGUCAAUAUAUGUCAUUUUGUGUAUUAGGGUCUAAUGACAUAAUACCAUUACUGUACUUAUUUUGUCACCAUCUCAUUUUAGCAUAAUAUAUUUCGGUGGAUGAUUUAAAUAUUCUAUAUUGAAAGUUGUCGUCCUCGAUCGCAAAUUGUAUCAAACAGAGUGGUGAUCAAGCAACAAAUACAGACCACUAAUUUGAAUGUAUUUAACAAAUUAUGUGAAAUUUCACUUUA